GCCUGGUUCUUGCGUUCCAGCUGAAGCUGCACGUUGCACUGGGUUCAUGCUCUCGGCUGUGGCUAGUUCCUCGCUCGAUAUUACUGGUCUGUGUGCUCGUCAUUGCGGAGAUGCCGGCGUUUGACUGACAGGGCAUCAUGAACGGAGCUGGCAGAAGAAAGAAUCGCAGAGGGCGCAAGGCAGGGCAGGCUGCCAGAAGGAGGGAACUGAUAUCCCGGUCUGUGCAUAGCGCAGAGCUGUGUCUGCGGGAUCGGGACUAUGGCACAGCUUAUGCCCACUUCCUGCUGGUGCUUAGCCUGGCUCCUGAGCUGAAGGAAGACUUUAAGGAGACUUUUCAGUAUGCCCUUUUCAAAUGGGCAGAAGAGCUAUAUGCGUUAAGCCGCAAUCAAGACUUGUUCAGUUGUUAUGAACAAGCCCUCGAACUCUUUCCAAACGAUGAUGUUAUCUGCAACAGUAUGGGAGAACAGCUCUUCAGAUUGGGAUUUCGAGAUGAAGCAGCUGGUUAUUUCUACAAGGCCGUGAAGCUGAACCCGAACUCGGCUGAUGCCAAGGAAAAUUUCUAUCGUGUAGCGAACUGGCUUGUGGAGCGCUGGCAUUUUGUAAUGCUCAAUGAUGUCAAGAGGAAUCGGAUGUAUCAGAAAGCUAUUGAAAAUGCAGUACAGGCUGGAUGCAAAACUGUGGUAGAUAUUGGAACUGGUACUGGGAUACUAAGCAUGUUUGCAAAAUGUGCGGGUGCCCCUCAUGUUUAUGCCUGUGAACUCUCCAAGACCAUGUUUGACCUGGCCUGCGAGGUAGUGGCAGCCAAUAACAUGGAAGGCGAGAUCAAGCUUCUACACAUGAAGUCUCAAGAUAUUCGAGUCCCUGAACACAUACCUGAAAAGGUUUCACUGGUUGUCACAGAGACAGUAGAUGCCGGUUUGUUUGGUGAAGGUAUUGUGGAAACUCUGAUCCAUGCCUGGAAAAACUUGCUUCUAGAUCCUAAGCCCAAAGAUGCCAACUGUGAUGGGUAUGGACAGGUCAUACCCUCAGGUGCUGUAGUGCAUGGCAUGAUAGUGGAAUGUCCACAGAUACGCAGGCAUCACAGGGUGUUUGUAAAUGAAGUUGCCGGUGUGAACUUAAAAGAAGCUGUGCGGUUUUCCAGUCCUGUACAUUGCAGUUUCAAAUCUGGUGAUGUAAUUGAGCCGUAUGCUACAGAAAAGAUGAGCAGAGUACCUGGUGGUUAUAAAGCCUUGAGCCAGCCCUUCCUGGCACUGACUGUAGACUUCAACAGCCUGCAGGAUUUGGAAAGCAUUGCCUCUGGAAAGUCCUGCAGGAUCUCUGUUCUGGUCCAGGAACAAGGACGACUUGACUGUUUUAUAACUUGGUUUGUCUUGCAUCUGGAUAAUGAACACAAUCUGUCAACGGGGCCUAGUGAAGAGACGUGCUGGGAACAAGCUGUGUUUCCUAUCCAAAAUAUUCCUGAAGAUGGUUGUAUGGUCAUCCGUGGGGAUACAGUCGUACUGGAUGUACACUGUCCUGACUGUUAUUUAAGAUUAGAGCUAGUCACGGUUAUUAGAGCUGGGGUAGUGGACAUUGGUAUGUCAGUAGAGCACGAGGUGGACUUGUGCGAUGCUUUGGCCAGUCUUCACACAACCCAUCAGAAGGGCAGGGAGGAGGACUUGUGCAUUCUGGAGCCGAGUGAGAUAGCCUUGCUUAACAAUGUUAUUUACCACGAGAGCUUUAAGAAUGCUAUAUGUAAAGUCAUAUCUUCCCUGGGACCUGGAGAGAAUGGUACAUUGAGGAAUGAGAAUGAUGUAACGACUCAUGAAGGACGUUUUUCCGACCCGCUGUAUAUACUGGAUGUGUCUGAGGGAUUUUCAGUUUUACCCGUAAUUGCUGCACAGCUUGGGAAUGUUAAAGCUUACAGCUCAGUUGAGGAGAAGCAGCACUGCGUUGCCCUAGAAAGGUUAUCAGAAAGGAACGGCAUCUCCAAAGAGAGUCUGGAAUUUUGGCUGAACAAGCUGGAAGCCAGCGAUGAUGUUUUACAGAGGCCCCAGUCUGACAAGUUGUGGAGCAUCAUUAUUCUAGAUGUGAUUGAGCCUUGUGGGCUGAUCAGGCAAGAGGUGAUGGAGAAAUGUGCCAUAGCAAGGUGCUUACUUCAGUCUGGAGGAAAGAUCUUCCCUCAGUAUGUGGUCAUCCAUGGCAUGCUGGUAGAAUCCAACACUUUAAUGCAGGAGAGUUCGGUUCAAGGCACAGAACCCACCCUAGGCUUUAACAUAGCACCUUCGAUCAAUCAGUUCAAGGUGCCUGUCCAUGUCUUCCUGAAUCUCUCUACUCUGCCUUCCACCCGUUUGAGUGAUCCAGUAGAGCUGCUUAGACUGGAUUUAAUGAAUCCGUAUUCAAACCAAUUUAGCUUGGUUACUGAAGUAAAGGUAAGAAUCUGUAAAUCGGGACAGGUGACUGCUAUUCCAUUCUGGUAUCGCCUUUACCUUGAUGAAGAUAUUUAUUUAGACACAUCUAGUGACAUGUCACAUUGGAAACAAGCAGCUUUUUUAUUAGAAGAGCCGCUCAGAGUGGACGAAGGGCAAGAACUCCUACUUGAAGUACAUUUCCAGAACAGCAAUGUUAGUAUGACUUUAAGACGACCUCCAUAGUAACUUCCGCAGAACAACAUACAGUAGUUGCAGAGUUGAAUUGUAUAUUACAGUGAGUAUCUGUAAUAAAGCAUAUAUGCUUCCUAUAUUUUUUUUUCUUGGUUAUAUAGCAAAUUGUAUAGUAUUUUAUCUAUACUACUCAAUAAAAG